AUAAAAGCAUAAUAUUUUGGGCAUUAAACAAUAAAAUAUUAUUUGGUAGAUUGGUUUUUUUAAAUUCAAAUAAUUAUAAAAAAAAUGACAAGUCUUAGGGAAAUGCGCUUCGAUGAUCUCUUUAAAAUUAACUCUCUAGCAUUCGACUCCCUAACCGAAAUGUACAGCUUGACUUUCUUUGUAAAGCAUCUUCUGGAGUUCCCAGAACUAAGUCAGAUAGCCAUCGCCCCCGGUCCGGAGGGUAGACGAAUGGGCUAUAUCUUUGGGGUCUACCACUUGACAAAAAAUAAUGAGAUCUAUGGCCACGUUGCGGCCCUGACUGUCUCCCCGGAGUACAGACGUAUUGGAGUGGCCACAACAUUGAUGGACUUCUUUGACAGGAUCUUGGACUUCAAAGGAGCAAACUACGUCGAUCUUUAUAUGAGAGUCAGUAAUAAGGCUGCCUACGAUCUGUAUUGUUCCCUGGGAUAUGCCCUUCGUCGCACUGUGCAGGACUAUUAUCCGGACCAGCCCAACCCGGAAGAUGCCUACGAAAUGAGAAAGUACUUCCCCCGGCCUCUGGAGGUUCAAGCUGUUGGAUAAUAAAAUUCAGCUAGUUCUUUUUCGGAUUGUACAGCUAAUUAAAGAAAAUCAAUUGAGGUGGAUUUUUAAACGACAGCCGAAUUUCCGUUGACGCACAAGGGAAAACUAUAGCGGAUGGAUACAUUUAAAAAAAUCAGUGCAGAUACUCUCGAACAAACGCAUUUAUGUUCGUCGUAUCGUUGCCAAACAAAAUUCAAUUGCAAAUUGCCGUUUCGAGAUGGUCAAGGCUUUUGUUGUUGGCCUUUCUAUUAGCAACAUUUUUUAAAGCAAACAAAUUGGAAUACAUAUUCCUAUUAUAUAUAUAUAUGUAUAUCUAUAAAAGUGUAGUCUGGUCUGAAACACGCGCAAUGAUUUUCAAAAUUUGCCAUUUGCCAUUUUGCGCAACUCGAAACGGCGAAAAUCUAAAAAUUCUGGUUCAAUGUUGUCAUAUAAACAAAUCUUGUUUCCAUAUGCUUUCUGACACAUGUA